AUGUCGGGCUCUGGGAGAAAAGACUUCGAUGUGAAGCACAUUCUGAGACUCCGCUGGAAACUCUUCAGCCACCCGUCGCCUUCCCCGGGCAGCCCGGCGGGGGGCAGCUGCCUGCAACAGGAUGGCAGUGGCAGCUUUGAGCACUGGGGACCCAGCCAAAACCGGCUGUUCAAAAGCCAAGAGAAGGGCAGUGUGAGCACUUUCUGGAAGAAGCCUUCCUCUUCUUCCUCCUCUUCAUCGUCCGCCCCAUCUUCUUCUUCCUCUUCCUUCAACUCCCUGAAUGGCACCCUGCUGCCUGUUGCCACCAGGCUGCAGCAAGGGUCUCCCGGGCAGGGCACCCAGCAGCCAGCCAGGACUCUCUUCUAUGUGGAGUCCCUAGAGGAGGAGGUGGUGCCAGGCAUGGACUUUUCUGCACCACAGGAAAAGGGGCUGCCCCUGCAAGACCUCCGAGUGGGGCCGGCCAACUCCAGCGAGGCAACAGGUGAAGGAUGUGGACACAGACUGUCAACAACUGGCCAUUCACUGACACCUCAAAAUGAUUUGGACUCCAGUAGCUCUGAAGAGUUCUACCAGGCUGUUCACCAUGCUGAGCAAACCUUCAGAAAGAUGGAAAGUUACUUGAAGCAACAGCAACUCUGUGAUGUUAUUCUGAUUGUUGGGAACCGAAAGAUACCUGCACAUAGGCUUGUUCUGAGUUCCGUCUCUGACUAUUUUGCGGCCAUGUUUACAAGUGAUGUUUGUGAAGCCAAGCAAGAGGAGAUCAAGAUGGAAGGCAUAGACCCCAAUGCCCUCUGGGACCUUGUUCAAUUUGCAUAUACAGGUUGCUUGGAAUUAAAGGAAGACACCAUUGAGAACCUUCUUGCUGCAGCAUGCCUUCUUCAGCUUCCGCAAGUAGUAGAAGUAUGCUGCCACUUCCUCAUGAAGCUUCUGCAUCCAUCCAACUGCUUAGGAAUCCGAGCAUUCGCAGAUGCCCAAGGAUGUAUCGAAUUAAUGAAGGUGGCCCACAGCUACACAAUGGAAAACAUAAUGGAAGUUAUCAGAAAUCAAGAGUUCUUACUCCUUCCAGCUGAGGAGCUUCAUAAACUACUGGCCAGUGAUGAUGUAAAUGUUCCUGAUGAAGAAACCAUCUUCCAUGCAUUAAUGAUGUGGGUCAAGUAUGACAUGCAGAGGAGAUGUAACGACCUGAGUAUGCUUCUUGCAUUUAUACGACUGCCAUUGCUUCCACCACAGAUAUUGGCUGACCUAGAAAACCAUGCAUUAUUUAAAAAUGAUCUAGAAUGUCAAAAGCUGAUUCUGGAAGCAAUGAAAUAUCAUCUCUUGCCAGAAAGAAGAACUUUAAUGCAAAGUCCCAGAACUAAACCCAGAAAAUCUACAGUUGGAACUCUGUAUGCAGUAGGAGGAAUGGAUAACAACAAAGGAGCUACAACCAUAGAGAAAUAUGACCUCAGAACAAAUCUAUGGAUCCAGGCAGGGAUGAUGAACGGCAGGAGGUUGCAGUUUGGUGUGGCUGUUAUUGACGACAAACUCUUUGUAAUCGGAGGUCGAGAUGGCUUAAAGACAUUAAACACUGUUGAAUGUUACAAUCCCAAAAGCAAGACUUGGACUGUCUUACCGCCAAUGUCAACACAUAGGCAUGGUCUAGGUGUGACAGUGCUUGAAGGGCCUAUUUAUGCUGUUGGAGGCCAUGAUGGCUGGAGCUAUCUGAACACAGUGGAGAGGUGGGAUCCUCAGAGCCAGCAGUGGACAUUUGUGGCCAGUAUGUCGAUCGCUCGGAGCACGGUUGGUGUAGCAGCACUGAAUGGCAAAUUGUAUUCAGUUGGAGGUCGUGAUGGAAGUUCGUGUUUGAGUUCAAUGGAGUACUAUGAUCCUCAUACAAAUAAGUGGAACAUGUGUGCUCCAAUGUGUAAGAGGAGAGGAGGCGUUGGUGUGGCCACUUGUGAUGGUUUCCUUUAUGCAGUAGGUGGUCAUGAUGCUCCUGCUUCAAAUCACUGUUCCAGGCUUCUGGAUUAUGUAGAAAGGUAUGAUCCAAAAACAGACACAUGGACCAUGGUGGCUCCCUUGAGUAUGCCCAGAGAUGCUGUUGGUGUGUGUCUCCUUGGUGACAGAUUAUAUGCUGUUGGUGGCUAUGAUGGGCAGACAUACCUCAACACCAUGGAAUGCUAUGAUCCACAAACUAAUGAGUGGACACAGAUGGCUUCCUUGAAUAUUGGAAGAGCUGGUGCAUGUGUGGUAGUCAUCAAGCAACCUUGACUUAUUUAUUUCAUUUGGAGGGAUUUUAUUUGCUACAGUGAUUAUUUUUAUAUCAUAUGGCAAGAAAGAGAACUUUCUGAGAUAAAAAUUCUGUAAGAGCGAGGAUUUCUGUAAAUUUACCUAUUAAUGUCCAAAAAAAAAGGUAAAAGAUGGUUCAAAAUUAUAGGAAAGAAGGGAAAACAUCAAACUGGUAGAGGAAUAUGUGUGGCCAUAUGUUAGUUUAGGAAUGGUUAUUGGUAAUUUGCUUUGUAUUGUUAGUAUACAAGAACUAGGGUUACCAAAGGCUUGUUUUUCUUGAGCAGUUGAAAGGAGAGACCAAUAUUUGUGACACUGAUAAUUUCAUGACUACAAAUCAUUCAAUUGCUUUAUGAUCUAUGGCACUAUUCAAAAUAUUGUCAAGCGUAGAAGUAUAUCAUCUCACAAACUCUGAUUGAUUUAAUGUUUCCUAAUCAGAUGUAGUCAUACCAGGAAACAGAAUCAUAUUUUAUUAAAAUAAAUCUGCUUUUACUCAUUUUCCUGAGCUAUGGCAAUUAGAGAAACAGAUUCACAUUUGUCUCUUGCAUUCAGAAAACAAACUGUCCUGCUAAUCAAACCUGCGUGUUUCAUCAGAGAUGAUGAUUGAAUUUAUUGCAGCCAUCUCCACAAUCUGAAACUGGCAAAUUAGAACAAUUGCUUUCAUUAGCCUUGCCAUAUUGCUUUGCAUUUUCAACACACUGAGCCAAAGAACCAAUAUCAUCAUGGCCUUUUGUUGAGUUCAGUGUAAGCAUGGAAGCUAGUUAUUCUGAAAUAUAUAUAUAUAUAUGUAUAUGUAUAAUAUAUACAUAUACAUAUAUAUAUAUAUAUAUCCACUGCAUGUUGAACUCCUUUAGAAUUUCAUUCUUAAGAAUCUUAGAAUUUUGAAGGAAAAAGACAUGAUCCCUUAAAUUGGAGUGUUUAUGAUUAUUGCUAUAAGGAAGACAGGCUUCAGAUUCUCAUUUCCCAUUCUACACACUUGUUACAUUGAUAUGUACUUUAUUUUAAACAAGAUGUUUGUAAUUGUUUAAAGCAUACAUUAGAAACAUUACAUAAUAUUCUUAAUAAACAGACCUGUGUAAAUUUUAAAUACAAUUAAUAAAUG